AUGGUCGGGGCCACUGCCGCCACGGCCUUCUCGACGGGGCCGAAUGACUCGGAUCCUCACCGGUACCAAACCGGGUUCGGAAAUCGGUUUUGCUCAGAGGCGGUCCCCGGGACGCUGCCCGCUGGCGGGAAUGCCCCUCAGAGGUGCAAAUUCGACCUCUAUUCGGAGCAGCUCAACGGCUCCUCCUUCAUCAGUUCUCGCGCGACACUGCAACAUGUUUGGAUGUACCGCAUAUGGCCCUCUGUUGCACAUCGAGAGGUUGUCCCCGCGCCAGAGCUCAACCCCCUGUUACAGGCAUGCUUCUCGCCCCUCAACAAUAAAGUGAAGUAUGUCGCGGCCCAGCAGGUCUGGGAUCCAUUCUGCAUGCCUGGCGGGGAACCCCUUGAUGAACGAGCGCAGGAUUUUGUCGAAGGAUUGCGGACCAUAGGUGGUCAGGGUGAUCCGACGCUGAGGGAAGGAAUUGCGGUACACAUCUAUACUGCCUCGAGGUCCAUGAGCAACAGAGCAUUCUGUAACAACGAUGGGGACUUUCUUAUCUUACCUCAGCAGGGCAGGCUCAAUAUCCAGACCGAACUGGGCUGGUUGAUGAUUCGGCCCGGCGAGCUAGUUGUUAUUCAAGCGGGUCUUCGGUUCCGGGUUCUUCUCCCCGACGGCCCGAGUCGUGGUUACAUCCAAGAGGUCUUCGGCACGCACUACGAGCUUCCAGAACUCGGCCCCAUUGGGUCCAACGGUAUGGCCUUGCCACAAGACUUUGAGAGCCCAGUAGCGUCCUUCGACGUCGACACCUCCGAUUGGGAAAUAGUGUACAAGUUGGCGGGAUCGUUACACGUCUGUCGACAGGGCCACACACCAUUUGACGUUGUCGCUUGGAGAGGAAAUCUCGUGCCGUACAAAUACGCGACAGAGAAGUUCAUCAACGUGGCCAACGUGAAUCACGACCAGGCCGACCCGACGGUGUACUGCGUCCUCACAGCCAAGUCGAAGGUUGCGGGCGUGUCGCUGACGGACAUCCUCGUCUUUACGCCCAAGUGGAUACCCACAUCCAACACCUUCAGACCCCCGUACUACCACCGCAACAUGUCCACAGAGAUGAUGGGUUUGUUGUAUGGGAAGUACGGCGGCAGCAGUCACGUCCUUGAGCCGGGCGGUCUCAGCUACGAAGGGAGCUACAUGCCCCAUGGUGAGACGUAUGAGACCUGGCAGCAAGCCACGACCAAGGAGUUGAAGCCUGACCUGAUAUGCGAGAAUACCGUGGCCUUCAUGUUCCACAUCAGUGUGCCGGUCAUGCUGAGUGAGUGGGCGACUGAGGGCGAGGGGUCGAGAAGUCUCCAUCCGUCGAAGGACUUGUGGGACGGUGCUAAGGCUCACUUCCUUGACCACCUAGAUGAGGUUGAUGGUGUGUUGGUAAAAGCAGGUUUGCCGGACUUAGGGAGGAAAAGGCCGAAUGGAAAGGUGAAUGGAUUUGUUAAUGGCGUUCGGCAUACUUUGAAUGGGUUUCGAGGCUAG